AUGUCCUCCAUCCUCCGCAGACUCCAGGGAGGCAACCUGGAAGUCUUCAAGUUUGGCAUGUAUGUCUUAUUCCCCAUUGGAUGGAUGUACUAUUUCGGGACGAACCUCGACGAGCGCUUCAGCGUACCCGGAUUCUGGCCUGCCGCGGAUCAAUCCCAUAAGAUCCCUCUCGAGAAGGAAGAGAUUGAUCGUGAACUAGCAAGGAUGCGAAUGGCCGAUGCGAUUCGACGAGAACGACGAGAAGCCCUGGAGGCGCAUGCCCAGGAGUCUACUUCGCAAGCUUCGGAGUGA